UGUGCCUCGGAGACGCGCUCACAGGGACCUCUUGACUGGUUCGUGGUGAGAGCUGUUCGCUGCCUUAUUUCUCAAUAUUUCACUGCUGUGGACACAACUCAGUUAAAGCAACAUGCGUGAGUGUAUCUCCAUUCAUGUUGGCCAAGCUGGAGUCCAGAUGGGCAAUGCCUGCUGGGAGCUGUACUGUCUGGAGCAUGGGAUCCAGCCUGAUGGGCAGAUGCCAAGUGACAAAACCGUUGGUGGCGGAGAUGACUCUUUUACUACCUUCUUCAGUGAGACAGGAGCUGGGAAACAUGUGCCAAGAGCUGUGUUUGUGGACCUGGAGCCCACCGUGAUUGAUGAGGUCCGCACAGGAACCUACCGCCAGUUGUUUCACCCUGAGCAGCUUAUAAAUGGCAAAGAAGAUGCAGCAAAUAACUAUGCCCGUGGGCACUACACCAUUGGCAAGGAAAUCAUUGACCCAGUGCUGGACAGGAUCCGCAAACUGGCUGACCAGUGCACAGGUCUUCAAGGUUUCUUGGUUUUCCACAGUUUUGGAGGUGGCACUGGCUCUGGCUUCACCUCCUUGUUGAUGGAACGUCUUUCUGUUGACUUUGGUAAGAAGUCAAAGCUGGAGUUCUCCAUCUAUCCUGCUCCUCAGGUCUCCACAGCUGUUGUUGAACCCUAUAACUCUAUUUUGACCACUCACACAACCCUGGAGCAUUCCGACUGUGCAUUUAUGGUGGACAAUGAAGCCAUAUAUGACAUCUGCCGCAGGAACCUGGACAUUGAGCGCCCUACCUACACAAACCUGAACCGUCUAAUCAGCCAAAUUGUCUCCUCCAUUACAGCCUCCCUCCGUUUUGAUGGUGCCCUCAAUGUUGACCUCACAGAGUUCCAGACCAAUCUGGUGCCUUAUCCCCGUAUUCACUUCCCUCUGGCCACCUACGCUCCAGUCAUCUCUGCUGAGAAAGCCUACCAUGAGCAGCUCUCUGUGGCUGAGAUCACAAAUUCCUGCUUUGAGCCAGCCAACCAGAUGGUAAAAUGUGACCCACGCCAUGGUAAGUACAUGGCCUGCUGCCUGCUGUAUCGUGGUGAUGUGGUGCCCAAAGAUGUCAAUGUGGCCAUUGCUGCUAUCAAGACCAAAAGGAGCAUCCAGUUUGUAGACUGGUGUCCCACAGGCUUUAAGGUUGGUAUCAACUACCAGCCCCCUACAGUAGUCCCUGGUGGUGACCUGGCAAAGGUACAGAGGGCAGUGUGUAUGUUGAGUAACACUACUGCCAUUGCAGAGGCCUGGGCCCGUCUGGAUCACAAGUUUGAUCUCAUGUACGCCAAGAGAGCCUUCGUUCACUGGUACGUUGGAGAGGGAAUGGAGGAAGGAGAGUUCUCAGAAGCUCGUGAAGACAUGGCUGCUUUGGAGAAGGACUACGAAGAAGUUGGCAUUGACUCCUUUGAGGGAGAGGAAGAAGGAGAAGAAUUUUAAGAUAUCAUUAAGAAAUACACUGCCAGCAUCUCUGCCAAGUUUCAAAACUGGUCAAUGUUCUUAUUCCAACUUUCACCAUGAAUUCCAUUGUACAGUAAAUGGAAAUACUGCCCAUUUCUGAUUAUGUCUCUAAUUCAAAUGUCCUAACUCUUAGCCAGAUACAAGACUAGAAAUGGCCCACAACUGAUGCGUGAAAGUGUCCAGACGUCCACACAGAUACAGUGACAUUUAAUUGUCCUGCUGUUUAAUGACUUACAAGCAUUGAGACAGUCAUAUUUCAUUGAGAGUGACAAGAUGACAGCAAGUUUUAACUGGCCACUUAAGCAUCGUUUAGUUUUCAGAGGCAAUACCUUUUAAUUGAAGCAUCGGAGAUUAAUAAAGCAGCAAACCUUUGAGCAAAGUGUACACAUAACUAUCAUGUAAUAACAGCAAACACAAUCUGGUCUCACAAAAAAGUACGAGGAUCCCACCAGCCUCCUCUCAGAGACAGCAGGUUAAAGCAUUAAAUAAAGAAAUAAUAACCGUCUCAUUAAACAGGGUCCCUCUAUUUAUUGGUACUCUAAACCGUUAAGUGUGCAAUACUACUGAAAAUUACAAUGGAAAAUGUAUCUGGUAUUUACUGUAAAUGUGGCACCUCAUGGAUACCCACCAUUUUCACUCUAACCUGGUUAAAAUAAGGCCAGAAGCCACUUUUUUCUCCAUGUGUACGCUAUUGUGGAUCUGGCCACUGUAUUCUAAACAUGCAAAAAUGGGAGAUAACCUCAAUGACAGCGUAUUCGUCUAUAAAGCUGCUGUCAAGCUUGACUCGGGUGAAGCAGAGGAGUGUUUCCCUUUUCUCGCCUAUAGCUUGUGGCCAGCGUGCAGAUAGGAUUUUGUUCCCCCUUUGCACCCUGUCUUUACUGGUUGUAACCACAAACCUUUUUAAGCUGCCUUUUAACAAACUGAGCAGUAGGAGCCUGGGGUAUUUUAACGGGAUGGUGUAGAAACGUUUCACAGGCAGUCCUUCUCCUAGAUGGAUGGAGGCUGUGGUGGGUUUGGUUUCUGUUCUUGUUGACCCAAUUACUGAUGGAGUUUUGAAGGAAGGGUUUACAGGUUGUGCGUCAGAUGAAAUUCUGUUUCAUUUACUGUUUCCCUUCAAAGUGCAAUUUCAUUAUUAAUAUUAACACUUUCAUUAUUAUCAUGAAAUGCAGGUACAAAUACCAUAAUUGUACUUGGAGAUUAGUGCAGGUACGCACGCAAAGUUACCAGGCUAAAAUGUACAGCUUUCGAGAUACCGGUGACUUAUCUGUUACACUUCAAACCAGAGCAGAGUGACCUUCAGUCAAGUACAGCAGGUUUAUGCUGUGCAGCUGAACACCUAAAGUGACGAGUGUUACAAUCACAGUGGACUGAUCUGAGGUUACAAGCCACGUGCAUUUCUAUUUCGUUUCCUCCCAACUCUUCAGCGUUUUUCGGAGGAAGCAUGAUAUUUUUUGCAGGUGAUUAAACUGCCUUCUCCUACGAGUCUCUACCUCUACAGUACAGUGUCUUUGACUUCAGUAUGUGUCCAUUAUCUCCCUUUUCUAUGGUGGUAAGGCUUUUUGGUAUUUAUUCUUCUUGUCACUUCUAGGAUAACUUAUAUCAGUGGAAGAAAUGUUAAAUUCUGGAUUUUUUUAAUCAGGUUUAUGUAAAAAUAAGCUAUUUUCAGGUAAUGCAGGAAGCACUAUGUUAUACUUUGUAAAUGUAGUGGUACCUGUAGAAGCCACUGGCCAAAGCCCCUAUUUUUACAAAUAAAUGUACUAAACCCAACUCA